AUGAUUAUCGUGUUGUACGGUAAUGAAUACAAUGGUGGUUACGCCGAUAACGUCAAUCCGGAUCUAAGUCUAGAAUUCAUGGAUGAAAGGGCGAGACCAUCAUAUUGCUCAGAUAAACACUGGAACGUCGAUGAAUCUGAUGUGGAUUGUGGUGGUCCUACUUGUCCAGCAGGAUGCGAUCGCAACCAGAAAUAUAUAUCAAGCACAGAUUGUAUGAACAUGACAUGUGAUCUAUCGUUGCAUAUCUGUAAAAAUUGGAUAAUGUCUGGCAAGAUGAAUGUCGGGCAACUGUUUCACAUAGCAACGUUACUACUAAAUGGAAAUGUAUUAGUUACUGGCGGAUCACAACAAGAUUUUGGGUUUCUUGUUGCAGCUAAAGCUGAAUUAUAUGAUCCAGUAAUUGAAAAUUGGACGAUUGUUGACUCGAUGAAUGUUGCAAGAAUAUUUCACAAAGCAACUUUGUUAGCAGAUGGUAGUGAUGAAAGUGCUGCUGAACCUGAUGGUAAAAGUUAUCUUGAAUGUUUUGGCCAAAGUACUCACAUGUUCAAGUUAAUGAUAUUCAUAUAA